ACACUUUUCAAACGAAUUCCAACAAUCAAGGAAGAGAAAAUCCUAUCAGCAAAACGACUCACAACCCUGUACAAAGAUAAAAGUGGAACAGAUAUUAUCUCGAAUCAGGAAAGAUAUCGCCGAAGUCGAAGCAAGUUCGAGUUGUCUUCGCCAUCUCGCUUCUGCUCUUAUUCGAUCUCAUUUGAACGGGACCCAAUUUUCAUAGCUGGUCGGUACUGCAAAUAUUCUCGUACCCUACCACAGUCGCCGUGGUCUUCCGAGGACAAAGCAGCGCCAAAACUUCCUGGACAUUCGGUGUGUAUUAGUGAGAAUUUUGUUCUCCAGUACGAGUUCACUUUUAAGGUUUCUGAAAAAGUAUGUGAGCCCUUGAAGAAAAGAUUCGCUGCAUCCGAUGCUCGCUUUGUGGCGUCUGGAAGAGAAGAUCUAGAUGUGCGAAUGUUAGGCCGGGGCCGUCCUUUCACUGUCGAGCUACGUAACUGCCAUCUUACGUCUUCUCUGUCAGGAACAGACUACGUAGGAACCUUGCAGAAUGUCGAAAUAGAAAUCAACAACAUGCAUCCCGAUAUAGAAGUGAAAUACCUUACCAGAAUCUCAAGAGAAGAGGCCGAGCUCAUUAGCUUAGGCGAAGAAGGUAAAAUUAAAUAUUAGAA